CCUUACUGACUGGUUGAGCUUGUCUGCGGUGUUGCCUGAACCUGAUCACAGUGGAAGACACCUGUCAAACAGAAAGGAGCGUCUGAUAACGCUGACUGACUGCCCAGACCAAACAGGCAUCACCAUAACGAAGCUGAUAACAGUACAGGCAGCCAACAAACAUGUCGAAAGAAGGGGAUCGUCAGUCGGUACUACGGACCACGAAGGUCCGGACCUCCCUUAAGGGAGACAGCAGCUGGAUCCAGCAGCGCUCAGAACCACAACUUGAGCAGCAGAAGUCAUGGUUAGCGGAGGUGAAGGCGACACCUCCCAUCUUAGAGUUGAGCCCCCCACCAUCUCCCACUGCUGCCUCAGCAGCCACCGAUCCCAGCUCUCCCACCACCACACAGGCCCCCAAACCAUCUUCAGGUUACCUUAUCAGGGGUGUUUUCACGAAAACCAACAAUGAAAAAGCACCUGCGUCCAAUGGAACCAGUGCCCCCUCUGGCACCUUUGUUAAGAAGCCCACUGACAGCUACAAGAAGAUAGCUCCUCACAUUGUCCGGUCAGGUAGCAGCAGCUCCUACGUGGAUGAUGUUACGCUGUCUCCCGAGGAACAGGACAAGCGGACGGAGGCCGCCAGCAAUGUGCUCAUGUCGUCCGCAGCCCGGCAGCGAUCUUAUGUCCUCUCAGCAGCUAAGAAAUAUGAGUCUGUAGAAAAACCACAAGAUGCUGGUCUGCCAUUCGUGGCUAAACGGGUCGUGAUUAAUGACGAUGAUGACAUUAGUCACAAAGACAAAGGGAUGGAUGACAUGACGCCCCCUGUUGGUAGCCGACAGACAGUGCAGUCUGUACCCCCCUCAAGCUCAAAGUUGCCUGUAGAACCUAAACCUGAGAUCACUUCAGUUAAGACCAGUCCCAAAGACACUCAAUUUGUCAUGGAACAGAAACCAAAAACAGAGGCUGCUCCAGCUAAGACCAGCUCGGUGGAAACACCAAAAGUGCCCCCGGCUGUUGUUCCUGCCCCGGUCGUCUCCAACAGCUCAGUGGAAACACCGAAAGUGCCCCCGGCUGUUGUUUCUGCCCCAGUCGUCUCCACCAGCCCCAAGGAGUCUAAGCCAGUCGUGGAACAGAAACCCGAGACCCCUCCUGUUAAGAGCAGCUCGGUGGAAACACCGAAAGUGCCCCCGGCUGUUGCUCCUGCCCCAGUCGUCUCCACCAGCCCCAAGGAGUCUAAGCCAGUCGUUGAACAGAAAACUGAGACCCCUCCUGUUAAGAGCAGCUCGGUGGAAACACCGAAAGUGCCCCCGGCUGUUGUUCCUGCCCCAGUCGUCUCCACCAGCCCCAAAGAGUCUAAGCCAGUCGUGGAACAGAAAACCGAGACCCCUCCUGUUAAGAGCAGCUCGGUGGAAACACCGAAAGUGCCCCCGGCUGUUGUUCCUGCCCCGGUCGUCUCCACCAGCCCCAAAGAGUCUAAGCCAGUUGUGGAACAGAAAACCGAGACCCCUCCUGUUAAGAGCAGCUCGGUGGAAACACCGAAAGUGCCCCCGGCUGUUGUUCCUGCCCCAGUCAUCUCCACCAGCAGCUCUAAAGACACUAAACUGGUUGAGGAGCUGAAAAAGCCAGAGAGCCCAGCAGUUAAGGCCUGCUCAGUGGAAACACCGAAAGUGCCCCCGGCUGUUGUUCCUGCCCCAGUCGUCUCCACCAGCCCCAAGGAGUCUAAGCCAGUCGUGGAACAGAAACCCGAGACCCCUCCUGUUAAGAGCAGCUCGGUGGAAACACCGAAAGUGCCCCCGGCUGUUGUUCCUGCCCCGGUCGUCUCCACCAGCCCCAAGGAGUCUAAGCCAGUCGUGGAACAGAAAACCGAGACCCCACCUGUUAAGAGCAGCUCGGUGGAAACACCGAAAGUGCCCCCGGCUGUUGUUCCUGCCCCGGUCGUCUCCACCAGCUCUAAAGAUACUAAACUGGUUGAGAUGCUGAAAAAGCCAGAGAGCCCAGCAGUUAAGGCCUGCUCAGCAGAAGCAUCAAAAGCUGCGUCUGAUUCCAGUCCUGCACCUACCCCUUCAUGCAGCCUCAAGCCAUUGGUGGAGCAGAAAAGCCCCGCAAUUAAUACCAGCUCAGUGGAAACACCAAAAGUGCCCCCGGCUGUUGUUCCUGCCCCGGUCGUCUCCAGCAGCUCUAAAGAUACUAAACAGGUUGUGGGACAGAAAUGGACAGAGACCUCUCCAGUUAAGGCCAGUUCACCUGCUAAAGCUGAACAAGCCCCAGAGUCCAAUAAAAACAUAGACAAUCAGGACCUCAUCUCCCUGGCUGAAAGUGGGGAAAAGUUUUUAGAUCCCUUUCCCAGUGUACCGGAGAGCCAGAAGACUCAGGUAGAUCAGAAAACAAGCAUCUCAUUGGACAAGCUGGCUGAUGAUGUCAUCCCAUUCAGCAUUAAAUCCAUCAGCGCCAGUGAAUCAGCCACAGCCAAGGAACCCACUACUACCCAGAGUUCCACAGAUCCCAGUCCUUUUAAAGAGCCUCCCAAAUCCACUGAUAUCAGUGUCAUGGAUCUAUUUGACCCCUUUCCUGUGGACCCCAACAAAAGAUCCACAACGCCAGUUUCUCCAUUGAAAAAAACAGAGGAUAGCUUUGAGGAGGACCUUAAUGACCUCUGUGAAGACCACGAAAAUUUCACUAUCACAGUGGAGAAAAUUGAGCCACACAACCCAUCACCAUCUUCAAUGGACAGCUCCUUGGAAACCACUAGCCAGGAAGCCACCCCCUCUGAAACUGAAUCCAAGAAGGGAAUUGUGCUACUGAAGGAAUACGUCAACACGAAACCGGCUACAGGGAUCUCCAACAACGACCUAUUCUCCGGUGACUAUAUUUCAUCCAGUGUUUCCAGUUACAACUACAGCAGCCCUACAUCUAGCUCCAGUACAUCGAGCGCCUGCACAUACUGUGGGCUGCCUGUGGGCAGCGAGGCCAAGAUCACCAUCGAGCACCUGAACAUCUCUUGCCACCCAGCCUGCUUCAAGUGUGGCGUGUGUGGCAAGUCCAUGGGAGACCUGCUGUACAGCAUGUUCCUGCACAAAGGCGUGGUCCACUGCGAGAGCUGCUACGCCAAGACCAUCUAGAGACAAAAGGUGCAGCUGAGGGUCAGAAGCCAGAUGAUGCAAGAAAUAUACUUUGGCAUAUUUUUCUCUAAUGCAUUACGACAUUAUUGAAAGUAAUACAUAGAUUAAUGUGAAAAUUACUAUGAGAAUUGAACCAUUACAGCUGGUUAUACUAUAUGGUUUGAAUUUCCAUAGAGCUAUUGUGCAAGACUGAUACUUCAGGAAUAGAGGUCUAUCGCUUCAAGUUACAUCCACGGAUAUGAACAGGACAUUAUGUCCUUCGACCAUUGACCACUCCCGUCAACUUCAUACUGAGUUGUAUUUUCAAUAUUUGAACUAUACUAAUCAAACAAUAUAGUGCUAUAAAACAUUGUGUGCCUUAUUGUUAAUGUUAAAUCUAGCAGAAUAUUACUAUGCUUGUGUACUAUCAAUAAACUAAUCCACACAAACAUGUA